ACUAGCCCAUAGUCUUGAAAUCGUGGCGCGCGUGCAGUUGUGAUUGUUGAAAGAACUGUUUAUUUCAGCACGCAGGCUUACUUGAAGUCAAAAUGUCUGCAAAAGUCAUUGCUCAUGAGAGCUCAGCAAAUCAACUGCUAACAGUUACUUUAGCGGCUGUCAGCUCGCUAGAGAAAGGAGGAGAAUAUGAUGAGAUUUCCGACAGAGACAGAGAUGAUACGUCACGUGGUCAUCCAUCUACUAGCUGCCUAGAUGCUGUGAAGAAGUCAGACCAGCCAGAGCUGGUUAUUGUUGGCCCUGAAAUACCUAGUUCUUCGUCGCUGUCUCAGUAUUUCUCUACAGACGGUCAUUCAGCUGCUAGCAGCAGGAGUGUAAUCUCAGAAUCGAGUUCAAGUCAUUCUGUUAGGAUGGCAGCAAACAAGCUGAGAGAAAGAGAAUCUCCAUUUGCUGCUCGUGCCAAAUGCGUUGUCGACGACAUGGAUAAUGUAAGCACGCCUGCAGCAUUGAUAAAUCAAGCUAAGUGUGUUGAUGAAAACAACAGACAAGAUGUGGAAGCCAGACAAAACCCCAGAUGUAGUUUACAGCAAGGAUUUUCUACAGAACAAACAUUACCAGCAUCAGCACAAGUGCAACCAUUGACUGAAAACAAUUCUGAACUAAUUGUCUCAUCAUGGGCUUUAGAUUCUGGGGAGAAAAAAUUGCUAGAAGAGUUUUCAAAAAGAAAUCAAAGGAGGAAGACAGAAUUGAAGCCAGCAGUACAGGCUUGCUUUCACAAACGAUUAUCAAAUCCUAAUAGUCAAAUUCAGAAUGAGAAACCAUCAACUCAAACAGGUGAUUCUUCUUCAGUGGCCACUGCUGCUGCAGCUGCAGCAGCAUCUGCUGCUGUUGCUUCAUCUAGUCAAUACCUUCAAACAGUUCAUGCUCUGGAAUCAAAGGUUACUGGCCUUGUUUCUCAUCUGAAAUCAAUGAAAGACACCUAUCAAACAGAAAUGACAGUACAGCAGAGGAAUCUUCAGAAGCAGAUUGAUCGACACACACAGUUGAGACUAGAGCAAUUGGAACGACUAGGAGAACAACAGAGUAGGCUAGAGACACAAAUUGCUUCUGUUUUGUUAGCAAGAGGAGGACAAAGACAGACAACAGGUGAUGAGGGCGGAGCAAAGAAAAGUGUAUCUCUAAUCAGCAGAGGUAUUCAAAGCAGUCCUCUAGAAAUAGAUGAAAACACUCCUCCAAGGUUGCAGGGAGUGAGUCAUCAAAACAGGCGGAAAUUGCUGGGCAGAAACGGAGAUAAUGCAGCUGCACCUUUACUAGACACUCUUUAUGCACCUGCACCAGUUGCACCUAUUGUGAUAGACAGACAGUUGACUGAUGGGAAUGUUGGUAUGUCUCGAGCUGAUGAAAGACCAGACACUGGGAAGCCAUCACUGGAUGAGAGCAAUAAAACAGGAGAGAUCUUUAGUAAAAAGUCAACAGACGACGAGGAAUCCGAAAGAAACGUUCGUGUGGCUCACUGGCAGCCUUCCCGUGAUCGAAUUAGAAAAAUGGAAAGUGUAUUGGAGACUAUGCAGAACGAACUGGUGGAGUUACGUCAGGGAACAGACCAGUGGCGCCAGAGAUUAGAAGAUAGAAAGGUGACUGCAAACAGACCGACUUGGCUUCCCAUCUCUCCUAACGAUCAGUUAAAUGCAGUGGAACAUAUUGUAGAACAAUGUGAAAUUUCACGUCGUAACCUGGAGUAUAACAUAGCCAGCGUAAUUCGGCAACAAAACCAACGUUUCUGGCGUGAAGGGACAGUUGAUGAUGAUGACGACGACAGGAUAUUGAUUAACAGCGUCGAACAGGUGAAACGUGCAGUAGACAAGAAUAUUGCUGCGGUGUCUAAAGAUAUCAAGGACGAGCUGGCCGCUUACGCCGUCGUUCCUACGUCAAACACGAACGUAGCGGUUACAAGAAGACAAGGAGCAUCGAAAGGGUUUUCGAAGAGACGAUCAAAGAGCCAAUCUGGUAAGGUACUCAGAGAGACGCAGAAAGGUUCUAUACGAAAACUACUUGGCAAGAAGUCGUCUGAGCAGGAAGCAAUAGCAGAACGUUUUGUGGGGAACAAGACAAAGUUUACUGUUCCCCAAGUGCUCGGCGGUGACGAACGGUACCGUUUGCAAAGAUCAAAAACCGUUUCUUUUGCGCGGCGCAACCGCAUUCCGUCCAAUGUCGAGAGAAACUGGGACAAUGAGAGACGCUCCAUCAGACAUUCUCAACUGGUUGAACAUGCAGUCGGACAAGCUCGUGAUUACAAGGUAGUAGCUCUUGCGUUGGCCCCACCGCGUCGCACUGCGCUAGCCGGUUGGGAUAAAGCAGAAAAAGACGACAUGUCGGAGAGUAAUGAACCGUCCCUUCCUUUAAAGAAGAGUGUGUUUAUUCAAACUAGAGAUGAAGCAACUGAAGGAAACGGUCACAUAGACAAAACCGCCUUUGCUCGGUCAAAGAGACGGCCAGAGCUUAGUAAACAAGUUCUUUCUCCUAUUGUUAUUGACUCUACGUCGUUGCAUUCUGACUCUGUUUCCUAUCCUUCUCGCUCUUCUGUGAAAUCUGCUGAAUGCGGCGAACAAGAGAAAACACGAGAUCAGGUUGUUUCUGCAGAGGAAGAUCAGUUUGACCACUACUUGACGGUGAGGGAAGUUUUCACGGAUUCGCCGGACGUCCAGAUGGAUGAGGAACAGAAGUCUUCCGAGUUGGAAAAUAACGAAGAGGACAUUGAUUUAGAGAAGAAGUGUCAUGACAUCUGUAAUGAUUUUCCUUUACCUCAAGAAAUAUCAAUGCAUGGAGAGAUACAUCAACGGUCAAGCCGUCAGAACACAGGACCAACGUUUCCUCCAGUUCCGCAAACGACCAUUCCAAGUCAUUCUAAUGUAGAUGACAUGGAUGGGACAGGUGAUAUUACAGUUGAACAGCGAAUCUGUGAAUGGGUAGAACAAGAACUGUUGGCUCAGCUUUUUAGUCAUAUGGAUCCUCCUGGUCCAGACCAUCACCUGGCUAUGCAAAAUUUCAGUCCGGGUAGCUCAGUGAGUAGGGAAUCAACGUCUUCGUCAGACCAUACGCACGGUAAUGGCAUAUCAACACGUCUGUCUUACAGAGUUAAACGUGUCUGCUCCAAGCAAUGUGUUUGUUUUUUCGCGAAUAUGUUUUUAGUUAGUCUGAUAAAUGGACGAAUUGUGCAGCUGUUUGUUGACGCCGGUCUAGACGUGGACGUGAGAUUUAUUGAGGAAAUAGCAGGUGGAGUGAUAUGUGACAUGCUACUAGCCUGCCUUGGCCAAUGUUCACUGGUGGUGCCAGCGGUUGCUCUCAGUGAGCACGCGGUCAGUAGUAUAUACCCAGAGACAAAUGGUACUCCGGUAGCGUCCGAAUCCGGAGAUGAAUUGCCGACUCCAAUCCCAACGCGUUCUCAGUCUCCCGUUUGCGCUCAGAUCGCAGUAGAUGCAACCACACAUGACGGAAUAGCGCAGGUAACGCCACCGUCUACCCCACUUGAGAUUGAGGAAACAUCUGUUGAAGAGAGAUUGACAGAAGUGGCAGAUGCCUUGAAAACUUCCAAAAAUAUUGACUUGCAACAGUUGCCGUUUGUGUUCAACGUAGCUGAAGGCGAAGACGUUGGAACACCCGCCGAUAGCGUCAUCAGCCGACUGUCAAACAGUGGAGGUGAUGAAGUAUCAGACAAUAAAGUUCCAACACCAUUGGAAUCUGUUUCCAGCCAAGCCCAGUCUGUGGCAUCUCAAGAUGAAUUGGAAUUAUCCAGGUCGGUAGAUUUCGUAGUAGCCGAGACUCAGACAUCACAACAAUACUUGCCACAACAAGAAACGACGGAGCACCACAGCCGGCACUCAUUAAGUGGCACCUCUACUUCAACGAGCUCACCAACAUCAAUACAUUCCAAAUCCUCUGAUCCAAUAGUUGUGACUAGCGAUGCCACGACCACGUUAAGUACAGAUCCUGAAAUUUCAGAAGGUGAAUAUCUCUUAGCUCAUACUGAGGCAAGAAGUGAUCCUGUAAUGGCCAGCUGUGAAGUACCGGAGGUGAGUGAGGGGGAAUUUGCUGCAUCACCGGGGGAUAUACGGUACAUGAGAGGAAAAACAAGAAGCGAAAUUACGUCCCAAUCAUUGCGUUACCACCAGGAUGUGGAGGGUGGUGUUCAUACCCUCAUGAAAGCCUUUUUAGACACAUCACCUGUGGAGAACAUGCUCAGUGAGAGUAGCUCCUCAUCAGAGCCCCGCAGACCUAAGAAAUCACGACGACGGGUCAGUCGGGAAGCACUCUCUCUUCGUGGUCUUGUUUUACGUGUUGAGGAACCCAUUCAACAACAAAAUGUCCGAAAUUAUUUGAGAUUAGAUGGACGCAGUGGCCAUGGUGAUGAUGAUGGCGGUAGUGAACAAGAACAAGAUAUUAGUGUGGGACAAGUGGUCAGCUCUGCAGCUUCUCGUCAGCAGCCUGGGAAGGUUGCGACUGGUCAAACGGAAUGUGAUCGUCCAGAAGAUUUGUCAUAUGGGGAAGUGGUACAAAGAGACGUAGUGAGAGAUGUAAUUGCACUCAGCAUAGCUGACAGAGCAUCUGCGGAGCUAGCGUCGGCUCACUCUCCUGGAGAGAUCAAACGGGCAGCUCCGACUAAUGAGAGAGGAACCGGUACCAGUACUGUAGCUGCUUUCUCCACCACUCAGAUGGACUUUCCUUUGGAUGAUUGCCCCUCAGCAAGCGGAUCCCCUGAUAGCCUGGCUUUGGCUCAAGCGGCUUUUCAUGAAGUUCAAAGUACACUUCCCGCGUCUCCACACUCUGACAAUGAAGUUGGGUGCGCUGGGCAAGUUGCACCGCAGAGGCAGACAGAAUUGGACGGGGCAUUGUCAGCAGUAACUAGCGAGAGUACUCUAAAACAAGACGGUCGAUCUCUUAGAAGCCUCUUUUCUAAGCCUAAGCGUUCGCAACGUCAAGGACGAUUGCAACUUAGGGAAACGGCGCAUCUACCAUCCGUGCUUCAACAAGCACCUCGUAGAUUGCAGCUAGUGCAGCCUCGAGAUGUGCAAAAGCUUCAGCCAUCACGUACGGCAGAGAGAAGUGGAAGGCCUAUACAAUCAUCGGAUUUAUCACAUCAAGUCGACGUCAACGUUCCCAGUGGUCCAGGACACCCAGCAGAUGAUCUUGAAGAUGACACCUACGGGGACCUAUCAUCAAUAUCAAUAUCAGGUGGAGACUUCUAAGUAAGU